UGAAAACUUAAGCUUUCGAAAAAAGGCAAGUUCAUCGCUCGAGUGAAAUGGUUUUUUCCUUGAUUUCGAAACUUUUUUUUAAAUUUUGACAAAUUAAAUGUCCACAUGACGUCCAUUGACCUCUGCUCCAGUGAUGAUAAAUUAAAAUAUUAUAACUGAAGAUAUAAAUAUUUAUACAUAUGCUGCGAGAAUGAAAAACAAGUUUUGAAUAAAUGUAUUAAAUUUGAAAAUUUAAAAUGAUAAUAUUAUAAAAAUUUGAUGAAAAUUAGAAUCUGAAUUUUGACAAAUAUAUACACAAAUAUUUUUUAAAAGACCGAUGAAGUUUGAGUAAAAGCUAAAAUGGAAGAGAAAUUGCCCACAAUUUACGAUGAAACUCCAAAGAAAGAAACACAAAUCAAUGAAGUUUCAAUAAAAGAAGAAGUUUCCAUUGAUGUACAGGAUAGAUAUCACCAUGGCUAUAUGACUGGCUUUCCAUAUAAGAAAAAUAUUGAUGGAUACUUUAUUCAUAAAAAGAAGCAGAAAGAAAUAAUAUGGGGACAGUUGCUUAGUCCUCAAACUUGCUGUUCAAGCACAAGCAAAGAUGAAAUCAUCUGGAAGGUAAUGUUUUGGGCUGGAAUCACAUUUGCUUUCGGUGCAAUAAUCGUUGCUUUCGUGAAAGAAGAAUUCGAAGACAAGAAGAGUGAAGAUGAAGAUAAGAAAGAGCAUUUACAUUUAUAUUUAAGCGUUGUUGAGCUUGUCCUGGCAGCUAUAUCAAUUUUAAUAUCACUAUCGAAGCAUUACAUCAAGUACAAUUCAAUUAUCGAGCUGCAGAAAAAAAUCAGAACCAUUAAACAUACAGACAAUACCAGCAAUGGUUUGAGCAAUCGACAAAAGUUGUGUUUCAUUCUUGGUUUUAUGUGGUUCGGGUUCAUACUGGUUAUAACAGUUGGUUUCUUGAUAAUGCAUUUAUAUAAUAAGGACAGUCACAAGGAAUUGGAGUAUACGAAAUUUACAACAGUGAUCGCUUUAUUUAUGGUUGUGGUCUUGGAUGCUGUUAUUAAUGAUGUGAUUAGUGAUGCUUACACCCAAGCUCAAUCAGAUCAAUACAAAUUAAUCAUACAUCAGUUACGUCUGGAAUUAAACACAUAUCUGAUGCAAACAGGUUCUACGAAACGAAUCCAGGAGCUUGAGGAUUUUUUAAACUCUUCGGAAUUGUUUACUCUUCAUGAGAAACAUCAUUUUGUAAAAGCUUCACACGUUGAAGCGUUUAGCACAGAUGGAGUAAAGGUCCGUUUUGAUAAGACAACAGGAUCUGUUGUUUUAACAGCCUGCAACAAGAGUCAAGCUCAUUAAUUUUGAAUGCUGCAGCCUAAAAUAA